AUGUGCGAAGUGACGUCUUCAGUUGAAAAACCGGAGGCUGUCGCCUCGUCAAGGAAUAAUUUGAAUGGCGAUAAAGACAUGAUCGAAUUGCUUGGAUUCGAAAGGAACAUUAUGCUCGAUACUUACGCCGAUGAUGUUCUUUUUGUUCUUGCUAGUGGUUUGGGAUUAGAACGUUUGAUCCUUCAUCAUUUACAUCUAUAUUGUGAUCCGCAAUUAUUGGUAUUUGUUAUCAAUACGGCUCCACAGGAUGAUGCAUAUUUUCUUUCUCACUUGCGCGACUCCAAGAAUAAAUGUCCACCAAAGAUCAUCACAGCGGACUGCUCCAUAAAGGAUCGGGAAUCACUAUACAUGGAAGGAGGAGUCCAUUUCAUUACCUCGCGGAUUCUGAUGGUUGACCUCUUGCAGGAACGCGUCCCAGUAAAAAAUGUCGCUGGAAUCAUUGUUCAUCGUGCGCAUCAGUUGCUAAGUGGAUUUCAAGAAUCAUUUAUUCUUCGCUUAUAUCGAGAAAAGAAAGCGGGUGGUUUCGUUAAAGCAUUUAGUGACAAUCCAGGGGCACUUUCUGGUAUGGGCGUUUUGCAACGAUUGCUAAAUCGAUUAUAUAUUCGAAGAGUUAGGCUUCUUCCAAGAUUUGAUGUGGAUGUGAAAAGUUCACUGGAUUCGUGUUCUCCGCAUAUGAUAGAAAUAACACCUGAUUUACCGCAUGCGAUGCGGAGGGUUCAAUCACUGUUAGUAGAUAUAAUACGUACUUGCGUUCGAGAACUGAGGCAGACUUCACUAUCAAUUGAUAAUACCCCAGAGGACGAAAGUAUACAUCCAGCUGCCGGUCUUCUGCCUUCUUCACUAGAAAUACAGCUGAAAGGACGACAGUUCUCUAUUACUGAAAAGCAACAACGCCUUUUAGCAGAUCUCAAACAACUUCGGAAUCUUUUAUAUAAAGCUGAAGAACUGGAUCCGAUUACACUUUACUGCUGUUUGGAUGAAGUUAGAAAUAACAAAGAUCUGAUUGCAACUAACAGUGGUUGGUUAUUCACACAGACAUCUUCAAAACUAUUUGCGGAGGUAGACAGAUUGUGCAAAAUUAAACCUGAUACUGUGUUAGAGCCACCGAAAUGGCAAGCACUUCUUAAAGUCUUGGAAGAGAUCAAAAUCAAUUGCAAAGAUAAAAUAAAUUCUGAAAAAGAACCAACGGUGUUAUUAAUUGGUGCAGGAAAUGAAGUGUGCCGACAGUUGCGAGACAUCAUUAGUUGGGGUGUGACAAAAUUUUUGUGGAUCCAAAAUGAACAGCUGGGACAAAAGUUUAUCAGUGAAAAGAGUGGUACUGGACCGGAAGCACAAUCUUUAUGGGAUCCUUCACAAAUUAUUCUCUUCGCCACUAAUGUCGAGGACGAAACAGGCAGUGAAAUUGUAAAUAACAUGAAGAUGUUACAAAAGGAAUUCACUCGACGAAGUCGGAAAAGGCGUCGUUUGUUUGAAGAAGUAAAGAAGAAGCAAAAUGAUUCAGGCAAGCAAGCUCGACUCAUGCGUUUCGGCAUAGUGCAAAUUAAGAAAGAAACAAAAGAAGAGGAAGAUGCAGCUGCUACUAGUACAGGUAUCGAGGAUGUUCAGUCUGGAAAUUCAAACGAUUCAGAAAGAGCUGGAAGUCAAGAUCAAGAUCCCCUUCUAGUCAUUGUUCCUUCUGGUGAGCGAUAUAAUCUCAUCAGACAACUGGAAACUUUCGAACCACGAAUUGUUAUUCUUUAUCAUUCUGAUAUUGCGUCUCUUCGGUUGUUAGAGAUGUAUAAAGCGUGCCAUUCUGAUAAACCGUUAACAAUAUAUAUUGUUAUGUAUGCGAAUUCAAAUGAAGAGGAACGUUAUCUUUGCUCACUAAGAAAGGAACAAAUUGCUUUCGAGGAAAUGGUCCGAGAGCAAGCGACGUUGAUGUUUCCCAAGGAAUAUGAAACAGAUCGUAAAGAACCUCAUAGACUGGUACUUAUGAGAUCGACUAGAAAUGCUGGUGGAAGAAUUGACCAUGAUGAAGGAAACCCAAGGGUGAUAGUUGAUAUGAGGGAAUUCCAAAGUGAAUUGCCAACAGUACUUUACAAAAGAGGUAUAGAUCUAUUGCCAGCUACGAUCGAGGUUGGAGAUUAUAUUCUCUCGCCAAAUAUAGCUGUUGAAAGAAAAGCCCUCGAUGAUCUUACUCAAUCACUUCAUAGUGGUCGCAUUUUCAAGCAGAUUGAGCAGAUGCUGCGUCAUUAUAAAAAUGUAAUUCUGCUUAUUGAAGCAAACGUCAAAGAUGACUACAAAAAAGUUAAUGGUGGCCCCUUCCAGGGGGAGUUAAGCCGUCGUUGUCGUGAAACACGAUCUCUUUUUACAAUUUUGGUGAGAACAUAUCCACAUAUGAAUGUUAUUUGGACUUUGGAUCCUGCGCACUCAUCGGAAAUAUUCGAAGAGCUAAAACUUAAUGAACAAGAACCAGAUCUGGUCCAGGCGUUGGCAGUUAAAAGUGAUCUCGAAGAAUGCGCUGAUGCAUCUAACUCUGAAUCGGGCGAUAAGGCAGUAUCAAAGCGCUGUAAUUCUGUUCUACAUCGCCAAUUGAUACGUUUGCCACGUAUUUCAAGUGGUGAAGUGACACGGUUGAUGGAAUGUGAAAAAAUGAAAUGUUUAUUGGAUGCUGUUAACAGUGACGCAGAUGUACUUGCAAAUGUUCUAAACAACAAAGAACUAGCUUCUUCAUUGCAUCGUUUUUUCAAUACUGAUUUCAAAUUGAAAGCAUUAAUGUCGUAG